AUGAUUCGAGUGAGGCUCGAUAAGACGAUUCCGAAUGAUAAGUUUGGUUUUGUGCAUCAACCAGUGUUUGGUGGUGAGGAGGAGGAGGAGCUCACUUGCCUCGAGGUGGCAUUUACGAUCGUCACUAUUGUGGAGGGACAGCUGUUGGAUAGAUGGAAUAAAACCCAGGCGGAGGGGACUAGGGUAACGGAAGGCUCUUACAUCACUGCGGUCAACGGUGUGAAGUUGAAUUCGGAAAAGAUGAGAGAUGAAUUGAAGCACGACAGUGUCGAUCUGGAGUCAUACGGUCUACCAUCACUACAGACUUGGGAGUACAGCCCAGAGUUCGGCCUGAGAUCAUACGUCUACACCUACGUGUAUGCUACUGUGGCUUGGCUCUUCUCCAGUAUCAUCCCUGGUGUUACCAAGCCUAUGGUCUUCUACGCUGUACGAGCAUGUAACGCGUCCUUCUGUGCACUAUGCGAAUACUUUUUUUCCAAGAUGAUAUCGUCCUUGUGGGGUACUCCUACUGCGGCUAUCUACCUCUAUCUGAGCGCGGCGCUCCCUGGCUUAUACGAAAGAGGUUUAUCCUACACCCUCACGAGAGGCGCCAUAGGCUUGCUUAUCGUCUGUGGCACCAUAGUUGCUGUGGACUAUCACUUCUACGGCAGAGUCGUAUUCGCACCGUUGAAUAUUGCUAUGUACAACUUUGGAUUUUCUGUCGACAAUCUUUCCCAACUAUACGGUGUUGAACCCUGGUAUUAUUACAUCUUCAAUGGUAUUCUCAAUUUCAACAUCUGUCUGCCUCUAGCCUUUAUAUCUAUUCUAUACUUCACUGGUCACAAGCUCGGUUCAUGGUUGCCUGUAGGCUUCCCUAUGAUGCUAUGGUUCGGGAUAAUGUCUAAGUUAGCGCAUAAGGAAGAGCGCUUUCUGUACCCUAUCUACCCGUGUAUUGCGGCAUGUUCCGCUGCUGUUUUGGUGAAGACAUACCCAACUUAUACGUCGAAGAAAGCCCCAACGCAAACAACCAAGUUACGGCGAUAUGCAGUUAAGUCUGCGCUAGCAGUCAUCGUCCUUCUGUCGACUAGUCGUAUAGCAGCUCUACGGCUCUACUAUGGCGCGCCGGCUAAGGUGUGGGAAAAGAGUUAUAAUAUUAUCCAAAGUCGUCCUGAGGCAGUGGUGUGUAUGGGAGAUGAUUGGUAUCGCUCUUAUUCCCACUUCUUCAUGCCACCAGGGGCUAGACUGGAAUUCACCAAGUAA